CUUAUCAGUAUUUGCUUGGUUUAUAUGUUGCAGUGUUACAAAGAACAGUAUGUAUCAGAUGAUGCAGCCUCAGAUUGAUAUACUUCUUUUUGAGAUAAUUUUUCCUCUUAUGUGCUUCAAUGACAAUGACCAAAAGUUAUGGGAAGAAGAUCCCCAUGAAUAUGUUCGCAAGGGCUAUGAUAUCAUCGAAGAUUUGUACAUUCCCCGAACAACUGCUAUGGACUUUGUGAGUGAAUUGAUUAGAAAGCGAGGGAAAAACAAUCUCCAAAAGUUCAUCCAUUUCAUUGUGGAUAUUUUUAGGAGGUAUGAUGAAGCACCUGCUGAUCUUAAGCCAUAUCGCCAAAAAGAUGGUGCUCUUCUCGCUAUUGGGACACUCUGUGAUAAACUGAAGCAAACAAAUCCAUAUAAAACAGAGCUUGAGAGUAUGUUGGUCCGACAUGUCUUUCCUGAAUUCAACAGUCGUGUUGGACACUUGCGAGCAAAGGUGGAAUAUAUUAGCUCUUCACUGGUCAAUAAUGAUAUAGAAGACUAAGUUAAAUUACCAUGA